UUUCUCAUUCUCUUCGUUGCUUUUCUAUGGCUUCAAUGGCGGCGAGGGCGGCGACGACGGCAGCGGCGGCAGUGAGGGCGGUGGCAAGAGCAGCGCCGGCAUCGGCCGGAAGAGAACUCCAUGUACAAACGCAGCCGCCGGUGCAGCAGCAACAGUAUCCAUGGAAGGAGAAGCUGGAGAGAUUCAAAGGAGAGCUCUCGAAGGGAGUGUGGGGUUACUGGCACCUUGGAGCCUGGAAACCACUCGCUCUCAGCGCUCGCAAGCGCGCUCGCCUCCGCAAAGAGGUCCUUCUUGCUGGAGAGGAUUGGCCUUAUGAUCCUGCGAGGAAAGAAAUGAGGAAGAAGCGGAAAGGGCACAAGUGCGAUCGCGUUGCAGCCGAGAAGAGAGCGGUUACUGCAGAACUGAUGAAAAAGAUGCCACAAAUGCUGCUUGACUACAAGAAACGAAGAUGGGAGAAAAAGAUGAAGGAAGAAGAAUCGAAGAAAGAUGAUGACUGAGCUUCGCAUGUCACAGAAUGUUGUUAUGUUUUGCAUUGUUUUCAAUCAUCACAUGCUGCAUAGAUUUUCAAGUAGCAUACGUAGUCAGAACUAUUGGCAAUGUUUUAUAAAGCAAUCAUCUGACCAUUAUCUCAUAAUUCUAGGAAAGAAAAUAUUCGAGUAAAUGAUAAGCUUUGUUGUCUUUAAUAA